AUGAGCACAACUACCGGAAAAAGAAAGCGUCCAGCAUCAGCACAAGUACCAAUAUCAACACCACAAUCGAAUGUACUAUAUAGUCUUCUUGAUUGUUAUGAUUUUUUGGCAACGAAUGAAUAUUCCGAGAAAACAAUUGGUAUACAAACAUUUAUAACUCGAAAAUCAGUAUGUGAUAUAAAUUUUUCUGAUAUUAUUGAUGAUAGUGAAAAACGUAAUCGGCAAGGACAAAAUACUAAUUUUAUUGGAAUAUUGGAAGAUAAACGUUGUAGUUUACCAUUGAUUGAUGCAUCUGUUGAAAAAUGUUUAAUGCUGAAUCGAUUGAUAUCCUAUAUUCAAGAGAAUGAAGCACGUUUUACAUCAAUUAUAUCCGACAUAAGACUUGAGAUGCAAUAUAAAAUGGCAGAUAAUCAAAAUGUUCAAAAUCCUUGUGAUUUUCGAAAACGUGAACGGGAAUUCAAUGAUCGAAAAAAUGCUCAAGAAAUACGACGUCUUUUUUAUCAUAGUCAUGAUGAAGCUAAACAACCUCAAAAUUUGGUUUAUUUACAAAAUAGAACCACUGAACAAUUAACAUAUAUUGUUACUCAAAUGUCUCGUGAUGCAAAAUCUCGUCAAACAUAUAUUAAUGAAUUAGAAACAAUAUUUCGAACUUCAUUUAUGAUUGUUGCUCAACCUCAUUCUGGUGUAAAUCCGGUGACAAUAUAUGAACGAAAAGGUCCUGGUGAAUAUACAGCUAAAAUAUCAGUCAUUAUCAUUUCAUUAUUACAUGAUUUUAUGCAAACACAUCCAAAUUUAAUAGAACUUUUUGAUAUUGAACCAAGUUUAUCUCCAACAUCACCUUAUUAUAAAUUGGAAGAACCUCGAUCACUUUCUUGGAAAGCAUGUCAAUUACAAACAGUAUCAGGUGGUAAAUCACGAACAUUUCUUUAUGCUGAAUUAUCAGCUAUUACAAUUGAACAAUCAUCAAAAACUGAUACUCGUGUUCGAUUUGCUCAAUUAUUACAUUCAUUUAAAUUUGCAAUUAAACUUCAACUUAAUUUAGCUGAUAAUAAAAUAUUGCCAGUAUAUCAAAUUCUUCUGGAAUCGUUACCAUUUAGUAUUGGAGCUCAUAAUAAUCAAAUUCCACAAUUAUUAACACGUGUUAUACUUGAUGAUAUUCAACGAUUUUCAAAAAUUCGACCAGCUGAUGUUAGAACUAUUCUAAAUUUUAUGCAACGUUAUUUUAUUCAUCGAACAGGUGUUCGACCUAAUGACUGUGUUUCUAUUUAUCUUGAACAAGAAUUAGUCAAAGCAACAAAUCAAAGAAGUAAUUCUCAAUUGAUAGAAGAUAUUUAUUGGGAGUUUCUCGUCAAUUUUGUACAUCAAGUAGAAUUUAUGGCUAAACAUCCAGUUCUAGCUAUGUUUCAUGCUGAUGGUCUUUUUCUUGGCAUAUGCAAUAGUGAACGAGCAGCUGAAGCAAUUGUUCAAUCAUCUGUUUCUAGUUCACCAAUAAUUGCACUUCGUUUUAAUUCAAUUCGAAUUGAUUAUACUACUGUUUCAACAUCGUCAACAGGUAUCAGACCAGUCAGACUUCCUGCAUGUGCUAUUCGUGUUGAUAUUUAUAAUGAUCGUACAAAAAAAUUACAAAAUCGUACAUUUGAUUCUAGUACACUAGUAACUGAUAUUAGCAAAUUUGUAUCAUCAGCUCAUACAGAAAAUGCUAAUCGUAUACAUAUUUUAUCAAAUUUUGAUGAUAGAAAAAAUGAUAAAGCUUAUUUAUCAUUUAGUGAAUUUUCAAAAUAUUAUCAUAAACGAUUACAAGAAAUAUUGAAAAAUGAUGAAAAAUAUAAACCAAUUACAGAUCUUAUUGAUAAUGCUAAUGAUGGAAAUACUGAUGAAGAUGGCUGUGAUAAUCGUAGACAAAGUUUUACUGAUCUUUUUCCACUCAGUCCAAAUUCAAUAGCAUCAUUGCUUCCAAUGACAUCAUAUCUAUUUGAUAACGAACAUAGUUCUGAUACAAUAAGUGUUCAUGAGUAUAUGUCUAUACCAUAUGACAGUUCAAAUAAUAAUGUUGCAUCACCACAGAAUGUUUCAUCACCACAGAAUGUUUCAUCACCACAAAAUGUUUCAUCUCCAUCUGAUCGAUCACAACAACAACAACAACAAUCACAACAAACUUCAUAUGUAAAUAAUCCAGAAGCUAUAUUAAAAUAUAUUCUUUCUCAACCGAAUAUUGCCGAAGAGGUCAUGCGUCGAUAUGGUGUUCAAAAUCUAGUGACUCCAGUAGGACCAUCACAACAAAUAUUACAACAACCACAGGUACAAUAUCAAACACCACCGUUAUCAUAUCAGCCGCCUAGUCCAAUAAUUAUUUCGCAACAACGACCAUCCCCACAAAUAUCAUUUCAACAACCACUACACCGGCCAUUAUAUCAUCAACAACAACAACAACCACAGGUUUAUCAACAACAACAACCACAGGCUUAUCAAAAACAAGAGCCACGGAUGCAACUUCAACAGGUAAUGCUACAACAGCAGCCACAAGCACGAUAUCAGGAUCAACGACGAACAUCACCGUCGGUAAUUCAUUACCUACCAAAUAAUACAAGUCCAUCACCAUCAUCAUUGACACAACAAACACAACAAUUCCAGGUUCCCGCAACAAAUGGUAUUGAUAAUAUGUCACAAGUCGUUUUGAAUCAAAUGCAUGGUUGGCAUUUAUCGAAUGGAAAUUUAAAUCAACCAACUACAAAUUCUAUUCAACAACCAAUACCAUCAAAUGAGAUACUAAUGUUAUCGCCCGAACAAAAUAUUCAACAAAUGAUCGACGAACUAACAAGUAAUAAUUCAACUCCAACCAAUAAUUAA